AUGGAUGAAUUAAUCGUUUCUUCAUCAUCAUCAUCAUUUUUCAUACCAUCUUUACUUUCUCAAGGUACUCAAACUUCAUCAAACCUUCAACAAAAGCUUCAAAAUAUUGUCAAGAUUCAUACAGAUUCUUGGUCAUAUGCUAUUUUCUGGCAAACUUCAAAUGAUGAUGAUGAUGGUCACCUUUUUUUAGCUUGGGGUGAUGGUCAUUUCCAUGGUACUAAAUCCAAAACAGGGGUUCAAGCUAGUCAACAAUCUACAGAAAGAAAAAAUGUCAUUAAAGGGAUUCAAGCUUUAAUUUGUGAAAAUGGUGAAGAAAAAGUUGAUGAUGCUGGUGAAGUUACUGAUGCUGAAUGGUUUUAUGUUAUGUCUUUAGCUCAAUCUUUUUCAAUUGGUGAUGGUGUACCUGGUAAAGCUUUUAGUACUGGUUCUAUUAUAUGGUUAACUGGUGCUCAACAACUUCAAUUUCAUAGCUGUGAAAGAGCUAAAGAAGCUCAUGUUCAUGGAAUUCAAACUUUUGUAUGUAUUCCAACUUCAAAUGGGGUUCUUGAAUUGGGUUCAAAUCAACAAAUUAAAGAAAAUUGGAUCUUCAUUCAACAAGUGAAGUCCAUUUUCUCUUCAAUUCCUGAUCUUGGUCUUGUGACUUGUUCAGAACAGAACACCACCAUCAACAACAACAACAGUAAAAACCCAAAAACAGAGGAAACUGAAACUAAUGAUUCAGAUUCCGAUUGUCAAGUACUAGUGGAGAAACCAGUAGAGAAAAAAACCCCGAAGAAGAGAGGGAGAAAACCAGGGGCAACACGCGAAACACCGUUGAACCACGUUGAAGCAGAGAGACAGAGGAGGGAGAAGUUAAACCAUAGAUUCUACGCUUUGCGUUCUGUUGUUCCUCAUGUUACCAAAAUGGACAAAGCUUCAUUGUUAUCAGACGCAGUAUCGUAUAUCAAUGAAUUAAAAUCAAAAGUUACUGAAUUGGAAGGUCAGCUCACUAGAAAAUCCAAGAAACUGAAAAUCGAGUGUACUGAUAGUAUUACUAUAGACAACCAUAGUACUACUACUACAACAACAAAUUCAGUGGAUCAAAUUCGGCAUAAUUCAUCGUCAGCAGCAUCAUUUGGUGUCCAGAACAAUUUAAAAGUGGAAGUCGAAGUAAAGAUUUUGGGCCCUGAUGCCAUGGUAAGGGUACAAUCUGAAAAUGUAAAUUACCCAUCAGCAAGAUUGAUGCGUGCUCUUCAAGAUCUUGAACUUCAUGUCCACCAUGCCAGUAUUUCGAGUGUCAACGAUAUUAUGCUACAGGACAUCGUUGUUAAAGUUCCUAUAGAACUGAGUACUGAAGAUCGAUUAAAAAACGCUCUAAUUAGAAGCAUUGAGCAGCAGUAACAAUAGUAGUAGAAUGUUUCUUUCAUCCUUAAAUUUUUACGCAUUAAUCUUGUUUAACUGUAUGUUCAAAUUAAAAUUUCUCCACUAUUUUCGCCUUUGUAAUAAAUUAUUUUUCCUUGUAUAGAAAAAAAUUGUCAUGUAAA